GAUAAUUUGAAGUCAUGAAUAGAUAGUUGACUAAUUUUUCGACACUUGAAUUGAUAAAACUAGAGUAUGCAAAUGACCUAUGCAUAUUAGGAUUGGGAAUCCAAUUUCAUCUCUUGUAUAACUUUGAAGAUUUUAACGCAACCUGAAUCACCAAAACAGAGCCUGUUCCGACUUCAGACAGACUUCAAAACCUCUCACUAAAAUAUUUACUACCGCCUUCGUCCAUUCCGCCGCCGAGGUGCCGUCCCCGGCCCCUAUGGACCCCUUAACCCUUCUCCGCGAGUACACCAUCCGUAACUCCCUUGACCGGAUCGUCCGUGUCAACAAUGAAUUUCGGUUCGGCUCGGAUUACUCAUUCCCAGCUACCAUCGAGACCGCCUACCGCUCCAAGCACGCGCAGAACACGCGCCGCUACACGCUUGAGACCCUCGUCCACUUCGUCACCAACCACCACCUCAAGCACACCGACUACAUCCAGAACGCUCGCGCUCUCCGCAUCCCCGCCGUCACCCUCCCCGACCGGAAGCCCCUCCUCGACUACCUCACCGGAAAGGUCCAGUCUUCCGAUGCUAUAGUCCCCCUGGACUUCCCCAACAUAAACCCCCAAAUCGGUAACCUAGGCCCGAAUCCGACGCACGAUGCGGGUGAUGCCGCUGGGGUUCCCGAGAGCGCGGCCACUAACCCAAUCGAACUAAUUAGGGCAAAGGAAAAGCCGAUUAAAGACAGGGAGUCGAUGCUGGUUUUUAGCAAGCGCGAUUUUUACAGUGUGCUGACGUCAGCCACCAAACGUGACGAGGAGAGGCAGAGAAUGGAGGCCUUGCAGAGGAAAGACAAUAUUGUUGCGAAGAACAGAAUUGAGAGUCGAGGGUUUGGGUUGGGUGAGGAAGCCACCAAAAUGAGGAAAAUUGGGGAAGGUGUGCCGAUCAUCCUUGUCCCAAGCGCAUUUUCAACUCUGAUCACGAUAUACAAUGUGAAGGAGUUUCUAGAGGAUGGGGUUUUUAUCCCCACGGAUGUGAAGCUGAAGCAGAUGAAAGGGGGAAAGCCCGAUUGCGUGACUGUGCAGAAGAAGUUCAGUAGGGAUCGUGUGGUAACAGCUUAUGAGGUGAGGGAUAAGCCAUCGGCACUGAAAAGUGACGAUUGGGAUCGUGUGGUGGCGGUUUUCGUGCUCGGAAAGGAGUGGCAAUUCAAAGAGUGGCCUUUCAAGGACCACGUUGAGAUCUUUAACAAGAUUCUGGGGUUUUACAUGCGUUUUGAGGACGACAGUGUGGAAUCAGCAAAAACUGUGAAGCAAUGGAAUGUGAAGAUAAUAUCGAUAAGCAAAAAUAAGAGGCAUCAGGACCGAGCUGCGGCUCUUGAGGUUUGGGACAAACUUGAAGAAUUCAUGCGCAGUUUGAAGCAUAGGCUACUAGAUUUUCCUUGUGUUCUUGAUGAAGUUGUCCUGUUAUUCUUGCAACUUUGGAUAACAGCUCGACCGGGUCUUAAUCCUUCCCUAUUCACUUGUGGGUUA